AUGGCUCCUUCUCCGCCACACCACGAUAGGCCACUCGCGCCCGCCACUAUCUCAAGCGCACCCCCAGCGUCUGUGGCCUUGGCUCCGGCACCAGCUUCGUCGCCUGCGGUAUCUCGUGCCCCUUUAACGCAACGCACCGGCAGCGGUAGCCCUAGAGCAGGCCAGUCGGCCAAGUCGUCGCCGCCCAGCCUUCGAAAUGUCCCUGGCCCCGCCGCACCCAAGAUCGUCGUCAAAAAAGAACCCGGGUCGCCCGUGAUCCAUGCUCCCCGCCACAGACCUCGAAAGUUGGAUCUCUCCAAGGGCGGUCUAGCAGGUUCGGGAGCACAGACGGCGCGGCUACCCGGCGAGAGGGAUGGUGGACUCGGCAUUAUGGAGGUCGGCCUCGCCUGCUUGUCUCCCGGCUUCGUUACACAAGAUCCAACCAUGAAGGAGCAGUUGCAGCGCAGUAUGAGCGUGCGAGAGCAGCAACGUCAAAUCAUCGAGGCACGUCUGCAACAGCAGUCAGCCAAGGGAGAUGGGCCAGACACCGGCAAGGACAGGGAUGCCUCCAACCAGUUUGCAGCCAAGACUCCUGGUAUCUCAUCGAGGCGUAACAAGGCCCCUCCCGGUCUAAGCAUCGUAGCACCAUCUCACGAGCAGUUUGCCAACGAACGUGUCAUCCAGUCCGCUCCUCUUGGUCAAACUUUCACCGGCAGACACAACCCCCACCCGCUAACCAGGCACAUCACCAACCAACCUUCGAAUUUAUCGAGCACAUCACACAUCCACCAUGUUCCUGCACAACAGACAGCAAAUCGUUUGCCCCCCAUCGCAGAUGUGUUUGGCGCUGGCAUUGCACACUCCGAAGCAAACUCCCGUAGCCUGCAUCCCGCUUCCAGCCAUGGGCCCCCUGUUUCUCCUGGUCAUCCUCCUCAGUACGCCCAGGGUCCUUUGUCUAGCAGACCCAGGGAGUACAAAUCUGCCGAGGAGGCUCAGCAAGAGCUUGCUGGUGGUCGACCCGAUCUGCUGCCCAAGAUUGUUCAUUAUACUGGUCACCAACCUCCCACACCGCCUUCCCCAAGAGUUGGAAUGCCGAUGCUGGACCACAGCCGCAGUGCUAGCAAGCGGAGACGCGCAGAUUAUGAGGAAGGCGGCAGUCCUCCUCUCGGCCACGGCCCCUCUGCUACUCGGCGGACUGGACCCUUUGGCAGCGGCCGUGAUAGCCCUGAGACCCAGAGGGCCAAGAGGGAAGAGUUCUUGCGAAUCUGCGAGCGUGCCUGGGAUCUAUUCCACUCGUGA